GGAUUGGCAGUGGAGAGAGAGAGAGAGAGAGAGAGAGAGAGAGAGAGAGAGGUGUCCAUAGCAAGCAGAGCAGGAGCAGAGCCAACUGCACAAGGCAAGGCAGGGGGCCUCUCCUCGCUGUUCUACUGCUGCUAUACUCUGGCAUCGCGUCGCGCGCGCAAGCAAAAGGGUAGUUCCUCAAUCAAACGCUCCAAGAGAAAUCACCCCGCCACGCCACGCCGCGCCGGGCUGGGCUGCUGCUCCCAGAUCUCGCCGAGCGGGGCGCUCGAUUAUGUGGGAUUAGGUAGAUGAGGGCGGCGCUGUUCGGUGCCGAGAGGAGCGGGGUAGUGGACCACGGCGGCGGCGAUAAGGAGGAGCUGUUUUGGCCGGCGGGGAAGGGGGGGCUGGUGGUGGUGGAGCCGAGGUCGGUGCUGGACUGCACGCGCAGCCCGAGCCCGCCGUAUUCCACGUCGACGCUGUCGUCGUCCCUGGGCGGCGGCUCGGCGGACUCGACCGGUGUGGCGGCGGUUUCGGAGAGCAGCACCGCCGCCGCCGGAGCCACCAAAUGGGGAGCCCCAGGCGAGCAUGGUGGCGGCGGGAAGGAGGAGUGGGGCGGCGGGUGCGAGUUGCCCCCGAUACCUGGAGCACUGGAUGUGGGGCUCGUCGGGGGCGAGGGCUGGGACGCCACGGCCACGCUCGGCAACGCAGCCGGGCCGGACCAGUCGUUCUUGAACUGGAUCAUUGGGGCCGCCGGCGACCUGGAGCAGCCUGGUCCGCCGCUUCCAGUGCUCCAGCAGCCGCUUAUUGACAAUGCGGGGUUCGGGAUCCCGGCCGUGGACACCAUGGGCUUCUCUCUGGAUCACCCCCUCAGCGGCGUCGCCUCCGACCUCUCGUCCUCCGGUGCGCACACUGCCACCGGCGGUGGCGGCAAGGCCUCAUUAGGGUUCGGUCUCUUCUCGCCGGAGGCCACCUCCCUCGAGCAGCCGCCGCCUUCGAUGCUGUUUCACGAAGGUAUCGACACGAAGCCCCCUCUUCUGGGUGCGCAGCCGCAAUUUCUCCUGAACCACUACCAACCCCAGCCACCCAACCCCGCCGCAGCCUUGUUCAUGCCUCUCCCGCCCUUCCCCGAGCACAAUCACCAGUCGCCGCAUCUCCAGCCACCGCUCAAACGCCACCACGCCAUUCCAGAUGACCUCUACCUCGCCCGUAACCAGCAGCAGUCAUCCGCGGUGGCGCCAGGUCUCGCCUAUUCACCACCGCUACAUGGCCCGGCUCCGUUCCAGCUCCAUCCUUCGCCGCCACCGAUUCGCGGGGCAAUGAAGUCGACGGCGGCGGAGGCGGCGCAGCAGCAGCUGCUGGACGAGUUGGCAGCGGCGGCAAAGGCAACCGAGGCUGGCAAUUCCGUUGGCGCGCGAGAGAUAUUGGCGCGGCUCAAUCAACAGCUUCCCCAACUUGGGAAGCCCUUCCUCCGCUCCGCCUCCUACCUCAAGGAGGCCCUCCUCCUCGCACUCGCCGACAGCCACCAUGGCUCCUCCGGCGUCACCUCGCCGCUCGACGUUGCCCUCAAGCUUGCAGCAUACAAGUCUUUCUCUGACCUGUCACCUGUGCUCCAGUUCACUAACUUUACCGCAACACAGGCGCUUCUUGAUGAGAUUGGUGGCAUGGCAACUUCCUGCAUCCAUGUCAUUGACUUUGAUCUCGGUGUUGGUGGUCAGUGGGCUUCCUUCUUGCAGGAGCUUGCCCACCGCCGGGGAGCUGGAGGUAUGGCCUUGCCGUUGUUGAAGCUCACGGCUUUCAUGUCGACUGCUUCUCACCAUCCACUGGAGCUGCACCUUACCCAGGAUAACCUCUCUCAGUUUGCCGCAGAGCUCAGAAUUCCUUUCGAAUUCAAUGCCGUCAGUCUUGAUGCAUUCAAUCCUGCGGAACUCAUUUCUUCCUCUGGUGAUGAAGUUGUUGCUGUUAGCCUCCCUGUUGGCUGCUCUGCUCGUGCACCACCGCUGCCAGCGAUUCUUCGGUUGGUGAAACAGCUUUGUCCUAAGGUUGUCGUGGCUAUUGAUCAUGGAGGUGAUCGUGCAGACCUUCCAUUCUCGCAGCAUUUCCUGAAUUGUUUCCAGUCCUGUGUGUUCCUCCUUGACUCGCUUGAUGCUGCUGGUAUUGAUGCUGAUUCUGCCUGCAAGAUCGAGAGGUUCCUAAUUCAACCAAGAGUUGAGGAUGCAGUGAUUGGGCGGCACAAGGCGCAGAAAGCUAUAGCAUGGAGGAGCGUUUUUGCAGCAACUGGGUUUAAGCCCGUUCAGCUCAGCAACCUCGCCGAGGCACAGGCAGACUGCCUCCUGAAGCGGGUGCAGGUCCGAGGAUUCCAUGUGGAGAAACGCGGAGCUGCUCUUACGCUCUACUGGCAGCGUGGGGAGCUUGUAUCCAUAUCAUCUUGGCGGUGCUGAUCAGCCAUAAGCUUCACUCCACCAAGGUUCCACCACCGUUUGCAAGCAUCGACCACUCCAGUAAUGUCCAUUUAUUCUUGCAAUUAAAUGUUGCAAAUGAAAUUGUUGUCUUGAGCUGUUGAACUCUUCAUAUUGCUUUUCGUUGCAGCUUAUUAGCUAGCCUAGUGGAUUUAGGAAUAUUGGUGUCAGUCUCUAUAGCUAAUGAUGUUGCUUUAGGUUGUUGCCAUGCUCUGCUCAAUUAGCCAUGAUCAUCUCAUUGGAAACACUGCUUAUGAGUAGAGACUAGAGGGUAAUUUAACCUAUCAAAUGGUUGUGUGGUACAGAAUUAAUAUUAUACUGCUGUUGCUCUGUAAUUCUUUGGGUA